UGAAUUGUUUUUUAGCAAAAAGAAUUAUAGAAGAGAGAAUGCGAGAAAAUUUUGGGUUUGUUGCAACCGUCCGAUUCCUGUAAAGCUUCGAUCUGUACUUUGGUCGCCACUUUCAGGUCAUGAAUGCUAUAGAUCCGACUGUCUGAAACAGAAUUCGUCGCAUUGUAAUUGGCAUUUGAGCUCUGUUUUAUCUUCGAACUUGGGAUCCUAAGCGCACUCUUCGAGCUUCCAUUCCGUGUUUGAAGCAAUUUGAAUUGGGAAAUUGUUGCUCCUGCCGUUUUGCAUGUUUACUUGCAUUCUUGCGAUAUAUGCGCUCCAGUUGACUCGAUCACACUGAGUGUCAGGUCAAUGCGUGUUUGGAUUGAGUUAAACUGAAGGUCGAGAGGACAGCAACUGGCGUACAAGUUUGAGUGCGGUUGCUGCCAAAACUGAUUGUUGGGGCUUGAAUUUCUAAUCAGCUCGAGCUAUAUGUCAAUUCUGGGUUGCACUAUAGACUUCUGUAGGUCAUCGAUUUUGGGCUUUAUGGAGAGCUCCAGGUGACAUUUCUCUAGUACAAUCUUGGGUAGCGGAAAUGCCUCCUUCCCCAGCAUUGAGAUUCUCUCCUGGAAGAGAGCCAAAAACAGUCAGCCACAAGCGUGGGCGCAGUCUUGAAGGUGGAUUACUCUACAGGGAGAAAGAUGAUGAUCUUGCUUUGUUCAAUGAAAUGCAGUCCAGAGAAUCAGAGAAUUUUUUGCUUCAGUCAUCAGAUACCGUUGAAGACCCAUUCUCUGUGAAGUUGAGACAUUUUUCUGAUAUUAAGCUUGGAAUCUCCGUUCCUGGUCGAGGAGAAAGCAGCGGACUGCUUAAUGCAGACGGUGACAAGAAUGACUAUGACUGGUUACUGACGCCCCCAGACACACCACUUUUUCCUUCAUUAGAUGAGGAUGAGCCACCACCAAUCAAUGUUCCGAGCCGGGGAAGGCCUCAGAGUAAACCCACUUCCAUAUCGAGAUCUUCUACGAUGGAAAGAAGUCGCAGAAGUAGCAGGGGGAGUGCAAGUCCAAAUCGCCUUAGUCCAUCUCCUCGUACUGGAAAUAGCACAUCCCAGUCACGGACUGGGCCAUCAUCAGUGUCCAAUUCCAGCCCAACUCAAAACUUGCGGCAUGCUACUCCGUCAAGAAGACCAUCUACUCCUCCAAAUAAGCCUUCAACACCUGCACCGAGGUCCUCUACUCCUACUCCUAGGAGAAUGAGCACUGGCUCCAAUGGGCCUGUAUCAGGGAUCAGGGGAACUUCCCCAGUCAAGACAAGUCGUGGAAACUCUGCUUCACCAAAGAUAAGGGCAUGGCAAACUAAUAUCCCUGGUUUCUCCUCUGAAGCUCCCCCAAAUCUUCGAACUCUGGCUGACAGACCAGCAUCAUAUGUGAGGGGUUCAUCACCUGCAUCCAGGAAUGGAAAGGAUCCUACCACUAGAUACAGUAGGCAGUCAAUGUCUCCAACUGCUUCUAGAAGCAGUAGCUCAUUUCAUAGUCAUGACAGAGACCGAUUUAGCUCACGCAGCAAAGGUUCUAUUGCAUCAUCUGGUGAUGAUGAUACUGACUCUAUACAGUCCAUCCAAGUGGGUAGUUUAGACCGGCUAAGUUCAAGAAGGAGUAGCUCAGUUAUAAAUAACAGAACUCCUGCCAUUUCCAAGAAGACUGCCAAAACGGUGUCUCCAAAUUCUGCUCCAAAAAGAUCAUUUGACCCUGCCCUUCGCCAAAUGGAUCGAAAAAGUCCUCAGAACAUGUUCAGGCCACUUUUGUCAAGUGUGCCAAGUACUACCUUUUAUGUUGGAAAAGCAAAUUCUGCUCGCAAUAAUUCUCUGGUAUCCAGGAAUUCCUCAAUCACAACAAGCAGCAACGCCAGCUCUGAUCAAGGUACAAGUAUUGCACUUGAUACUGAAGGGAGUGAUCACAACCAGGAUGAUGUGGCUAGUGAAGCUGAGAAAAUACCAUAUCCUGAUAUACAUGAAGAAGUCUUUGCCUUUGAUAAGGAUGAUGUGAUGAAUGCUGAUACUGGGCAUGAGAUCGCCAAUGAAUCAGUUGAUGCACAUCUUAAUGAAAGUAAAGGCUCUAAGAUUGAUUGCGGUCCCACUAUAGCUGAAGAGUCCUUAUACCAUGGUAUUGCUGCUGCCACCAUUGAAAGUUCAGAAACUACCAAUGCCAAAACUGAUAUUAUGGAAACUGAUGGUUUUGAAAAUACAGCAAUCUGUUCUCAAUGUGGUUGUCGAUAUGAGGCCUCUGAUCAAACAGAGAAGGAUGUUAGACUUUGUCCAGAAUGCAGUGGGAAGUAUACAAUGCUGAGAGUCAUCCCCCAGGAGACAGUUUUGGCUGUCGCCGAAGACUCUUCAAUGUUUUCUACUAAUGGGUCCACUGAAGAAAAACCAGGAGCUGAAACUGACCAAUUAAUGGUUUCAUGUGAAUUGCCUCAAGAUACCAAUGUGGAUGGUGAGAGAGGUGCUGAACGAAGCCAAACGUCAUACAGUGAGGUAAUCCAGGAUCAGUCACAACAAAUUCCUCCUCCAAGCUCAGCAGCAGAGGGAAGUGGCGAGAUGCCCGCCAACCAGUUAGACAUGGACCAAUCAGGAGCUGAUGGCAGAAAUCCUUAUAGUAAUGUUGGGGACCAGCAGUUGUAUCACCACAAUGAUCGCCGAAAUUCAAAAAUGGACCUCUUGGGAGGAGCUGGCAUAUCUGUAUUGCUGAAGAGGUCAAGCAGCAGCAAAGGACCGGUAGUUCAAGGCAGGACUUUUACUGCCACGACCAUAUCUUAUGAUGAUAUAUCUCUUGCAAGAGGGAGUGUAAACAGCUUCAGAAGUUCUACUGGGCAUGGAAGUUAUUCUGCCUCAUCAUCAGUUGAUUUCAGCCCAGCCAAAAAAAUGGACUCCGGCAUGCAGCGACAGUUAAGUAGCAGGAAGUUGGAUGUAGAUGGUGGGCAUGAUAUAAGGAUCAAGCAUGAAAGAAGUGGGUCAUCUUUUUGUCUUGCAACACAAGAGACAGAAUAUGACACUACAGAGGAGAUGCCUGUAAUUUCAGAGGUGAAAGUUGCAGAAUAUUUAGUGACUGAUGUAAUUGAUGCUUCUCCUACGGGUUCAACUGUCGAGGAAAAUAAUGUCGGGUAUCAUGAUGGUGCUGCUGGUGCUUGUAAUUCAGAAUUAUUGGGCCAGGCUGUUGGUGUUCAGCCUGAUAGUAGUUCAUUAGCAUCAUUUAGAAAUCAUGGGGAUUGCUCUGAUGAAAAUGUUGAGGAUCAUUCAAAUGAUGGUAGGAUUCUCUCAAUUGUAGAAGCAGCCGUUAUGGUUCCAGUUCUAUCCAUUGAUGAGGAAUCUGAUGUGCAAUGUGCUAAUCUUGAUGGAUCAGAUGCGUUGCCUGCUACCAACAUUUUGACAUCUACAGAAUCUGAAGCCGAAAGGGAAAUUUCUUGUCAGAAUAAUCCUGGUGUUGGAGAGGAUGAUCCAUCCCAGAUAUCAAAAUGUACCGUGGAUGAUUGUCAGGAAUCUUCUAUUCCAAAUCCUUCCGAUGCUCCUUUUCCUGAAUCCAAUGCAUCUGAGUGCUCCCAUGGUAUAGAGGAAUCAACAGUUACCGUGGAGUGUCCUGGUGGAGGCAACCCUAGAAGCCUGACCCUGGAAGAGGCAACUGAUGCAAUACUAUUUUGCAGUUCCAUUGUCCAUGACCUUGCAUAUCAGGCUGCAACUAUAGCAAUGGAAAAGGAAAGCUCAGAACCAUUGGAAGGUUCUAAACCAAUGGUGACUAUACCAGAUGCACCCAAAGCCGGUGGUAGAAAGGGUUUGCGAAACCGAGCUGUCGGCAAGCACACAUUGAAAUCCCAGAAAGCAAGGGAGAGGAAAGUGGAAACUGAUGUCAAAUCCCCCUGUGGCGAGACUGAGAAAGAUGAAGUUGUCGAUGAGUCUUUCAAACACAAUGCGGGGCUUCCUAACAAGGUGGACAGCAUGAAGCCUCCGAAGAUUGAAUCGAAGUGUAAUUGCACCAUAAUGUGAGAGUUCAUUGUUUCGUGCUUAAAAUUCCCAGCCAGCAUUUCAGCUCUUUCCUUUGGCUGCUUUGUAUAGAUCUUAGCCUCGUGCUUGUUUGAAGGCCGUUUGUGAUAAUAGCCAUGCUCAUGUUGGUCCAAUGUAUUUUGUAAGAAAUGUCACAUUGUGUUUGACAUAAUUGUAAAGUUACAUAUUUUUCCCCCUUCCUUUUUUGUUCGUAGGCCAUAGUUAGGGUUUAGGGGCACUUGGAGAAUUCUGCUCCCUCUAAUUGCUGCAUUCUUGUUAUUUGAUUUCCAUGUCACUGAAGGUGAUCCAUCAGUGGAAGUGUGAAGUAGAACUCACCCAUUGAUAUUCGUUAAGAUCGUGAAAGGCAUAAUGACUUCAUUACAAAUAGUUUA